AAGUGAGUUACCCUAAAUUUGCCCGUUUCCUUGCAUCAACUGCUCGUCUCUCACCAGUAAAACAACACCGGAAGCGGGUGGUUAGAGUGAAGUAAGCGAGAGGGAGGAGGGGUAGAAGCACAUGAAAACUGCGUAGCCCACUGGUAGUUGAGAUAGACGGGGCAGAAAGGUUGCCUUUCUGGGUCGCAGGCGCUAUCUGGAGCUUUGCUGUACUUUUAUGCGAAACGACAGCGGAUUUAAAAGACCUGCCGAGGUUUUCUGGGUUUCCUCUCCAGAAGUUCCUGUUCUUAGAUGGUAACAGAGAGCUUAAGAUAAGAGAGAGAAAAUGGCAGUGUGGAUCCAGGCCCAGCAGCUGCAAGGAGAUGCUCUACACCAGAUGCAAUCUCUCUACGGGCAACACUUCCCCAUAGAAGUUCGACACUACCUGUCCCAGUGGAUAGAGGGCCAACUCUGGGAUGCGAUAGAUUUAGAGAACCCUCAGGAGGAGAUUAAAGCCAAGCGUUUAUUGGACAAUCUGAUCCAGGAACUACAGAAGAAAGCAGAGCAUCAAGUGGGAGAGGAUGGAUUUCUACUCAAGAUCAAAUUAGGACAUUAUGCUUCGCAGCUAAAGAGCACAUAUGAUCGUUGUCCAUUGGAGUUGGUGAGAUGCAUCAAGCACAUUCUGUACACAGAGCAAAGACUUGUCAGAGAAGCAACUAAUUCGAGCUCACCAGUGGGCGGGUUGAUGGACAGCAUGUCGCAGAAGUACCAUCAGAUAAAUCAGGUGUUUGAGGAGCUCAGAAUACUGACUCAAGACACAGAGAAUGACCUCAGAAAACUACAACACAACCAAGAGUACUUCAUUAUACAAUACCAAGAAAGCCUCCGGAUACAGGCUCAGUUAUCGAGUCUGGCCACAUUGCCCCCAGCAGACAGACAGCUCAGAGAGCCUAGUCUGCUCAACAAGAGAGCCACUGUAGAGGCCUGGCUGACCCGAGAGGCCAACACCCUGCAGAAAUACAGACUGGGCCUUGCAGAGAAACACCAGAAAACACUGGCAUUGCUACGGAAACAGCAGACGGUGAUUCUUGAUGACGAGCUGAUUCAGUGGAAGAGACGUCAACAGCUGGCUGGCAACGGAGGACCGCCUGAGGGGGGACUGGACAUACUACAGUCAUGGUGUGAAAAGCUCGCUGAAACCAUUUGGCAGAAUCGACAGCAGAUCCGGAGGGCAGAGCAUCUGAGACAGCAGCUGCCCAUUCCCGGCCCCAUCGAAGAGCUGCUCACCGAACUCAACAGCACCAUCACUGACAUCAUCUCAGCUUUAGUCACCAGUACUUUCAUCAUCGAAAAGCAGCCCCCUCAGGUGCUGAAAACGCAAACGAAAUUUGCGGCGACAGUGCGUUUGCUGGUGGGCGGGAAACUCAACGUGCACAUGAACCCGCCACAGGUCAAAGCCACCAUCAUCAGCGAACAGCAGGCCAAAGCCCUGCUCAAGAACGAGAACACCAGAAAUGAAAGCAGUGGGGAGAUCUUGAAUAACAACUGUGUGAUGGAGUACCAUCAGACCACAGGCACCUUGAGUGCACACUUUAGAAACAUGUCUUUGAAGAGAAUCAGACGCUCAGACCGUCGAGGAGCGGAGUCUGUUACGGAGGAGAAAUUUACCAUUUUGUUUGAGUCACAGUUUAGCGUUGGGGGAAAUGAGCUGGUAUUUCAGGUUAAGACUCUGUCUUUGCCAGUGGUGGUAAUUGUCCAUGGAAGUCAAGAUAACAAUGCCACAGCCACCGUUCUGUGGGACAAUGCUUUCGCUGAACCGGGACGAGUCCCCUUCAUAGUUCCAGACAAGGUGUUAUGGCCGCAGUUGUGUGAGGCUCUGAAUAUGAAGUACAAGGCAGAGGUGCAGUCGAAUCGAGGUUUGUCUGAGGAGAAUCUGGUCUUUCUUGCUCAGAAAGCCUUCAGCAGCUCCAGCGUCAACCCUGAGGACUACCGAAACAUGACCAUGACCUGGUCGCAAUUUAAUAGGGAGAGUUUACCAGGCAGGAACUUCACUUUUUGGCAGUGGUUUGAUGGUGUCAUGGAGCUUACUAAAAAACACCUAAAGCCUCACUGGAAUGAUGGGGCAAUUCUUGGCUUUGUGAAUAAACAGCAAGCUCAGGAUAUGCUGAUGUCCAAACCCAACGGAACCUUCUUGUUGCGCUUCAGUGACUCAGAAAUAGGCGGUAUCACCAUAGCCUGGGUGGCAGAGAACCCUAAUAAAGCAGGGGAACGGAUGGUCUGGAACCUCAUGCCAUACACAACCAAAGACUUCUCUAUCCGCUCUUUAGCGGAUCGCAUCAGUGACUUGAACCAUCUUCUGUUCCUCUAUCCCGACCGGCCCAAAGAUGAGGUCUUCUCCAAGUAUUACACCCCUCCGCUGUCUAAAGCUGUGGAUGGAUACGUCAAACCACAAAUCAAACAAGUGGUGCCAGAGUUUGCAACACCUAAUCCUGAUCCAGCAGCAAACCCCACCUACAUGGACCACGCAUCCUCUCCAGCUGUUAGUCACCCUCAUAACUAUGCACUCUAUCCUCCCAUUGGUGACUCUAUGCUGGACGCUGAUGGUGAUUUUGAUCUGGACGACACCAUGGAUGUAGCGAGGCAUGUGGAGGAACUGCUCCGUCGACCAAUGGAGAGCCAGUGGAGCGGACAGCAGUCAUGACCUCUUGACCUUCACCUGUGAUUUCUCUGCCUAAAUGUUUUUAUUUUUAAAUGUAUUACUCUUUCUCCUUCUCCUUUAUUUCCCCCUCUUUAUGACUUGGUUCUUUAGCUUUCUCUCUCUCUCUCACUUUUUCUUUUAUUUAGUUUCUGUUCUUUUUCAUUUUCAGUUUACAUCUUUUUUUUUUAUCCAUUGUUUCUAUAGAAAAGGAAGGAGCUAAUGGAAGAAAAAAUACCUUGAGCCUUCUUCGAAUUAAAUACCACCAAACGGUAUUGUAGAAAAAAGAGAGAGACGCAUGUAACCUCUUUUCCUUUGUGUGUUGAUAUUUUUUUAAUUGACCUUUUCGCCAGACAAGUCUGUGAAACCUUUAAACCGAAAUGUACUACUGUAAGGAACUUUUUUUUUCAAACUGUUUUGUAAUUUUAUUUCUGGGGUGUUCAGAAAUCUGUUGCAUCUAAAGUAAAUGCAUAUUAUCCUUUGCACUCUUAAACAAAUGUAUUCUUGCAGAUGAUGACAUUAUUGUUACCAUGGCAAUUGCAAUGUAAUGCUUCUGUACACUAAAGUGUGUUUAGGUUGCAAGGCUGUUAAUAUUCGGUGCACCUACAGACUUAAUCAUUCUUAUUAGCCCUCGACUAUCUGUUUAAUUUGAAACGCGUACAUGCAGAUAAACGCACACAGACACUGCACAAAUAAUUUUCUCAAACAGUAUUUUUGUCUUGUUUUCCAGUAAAAAAUAUCUGUAGAUCCUUGAAACAAGAUAAAUGUAUUUGAGAAGCAACAUUUGUUGUAUUCAUCAUGAAUUAUGUUUAUUUUUCUUACCUCUUUGGCAAUUUUUCUUUUUUGUUUUUAGAUUUUUUUUAGUUUUAAGCAUUUUAUUAAAAAAAUCGAAUAAAUCAUAAAUAGAGGUUACAGUGAGGCACUUACAAUGAAAGUGUAUGUAGUACAUUUUUGGAGGGUUUAAAAGCAGAAAUGUGAAGCUCAUAAUUUAAUAAAAGCAAUUAAAUUAAUUCUUCUGUUAAAACUUCUGAAUUAUUUGAGCUGUAAAAUUAAAUUGUCAUUUUUAUGAUCGUUUUAGUGUUUUAGGGAUUACACGUUACAUUGUCAUUUAUAUUUACAUUUUUGCAUUUGGCAGACGCGUUUAUCCAAAGCAACUUACAAAGCAGCCUGCGAUCUUGCCGUUGCUAGUGCCAUGCUCUACCAGUCAAGCUACAGGCUAACUUCAUCAUGGCAAAUAAGUUAUAAAAAUUGGAAAGAAAUGUAUACAGAAAUGGUUAGUAAGUGAUUCAAAUCAUGUUGAAGCAUAUUAUUCUCGCCUUUGGGCUAAACUUUUGAAACAGUGAGUAUUUUAACAUUUACAGAUUGGCCCCAUUGACUUCUAAGUGGAGUAUUCCUUUAAAGCAAUUUCUAAAAUAUAUAUGUAUAUGCACUAUAUUAUGUUGUUUUAAGGGUGUUUAGAUAUUUUAACUGAAAAACAAGACAAAAUACUGAUUAAGAAAAUAGCUUUUUUCUGUGCAAGUACACCCAUGUCAAAGCAAGCAUCACUCAAACCAGCAACACAAAACCGGCCACUCACAUCAUUUAAGGUGAGGCACACAUGUCUGAGAAACACACAAACCUGCUCUCAUUUUGUCCCUUGAAUUGGGGAGUGCUGUUAAGGUUGUUACUGCAAUGUAAACACACAGGGGGUAUUGCUACACUACACAGGCUUUUAUUCUCUCUCUCUCUCUAUCUCUCUCUGUCUCUUAACCCUAAACAUGUGCAAAACAAGAGCCCCUUUUGUCAUGGUUGCACAAGGUGCUCAUAUGCUUUUAAUUGGCCAUCCUAUAGGUUUAGCAUUUCUUGAUGAUACUUUGCCACCGACCUGCUUUUUCUUUUUCAAGCACACAUUCAAUUGCCCAAAAGCCUUGCCCACUCAGGACAUUGACACACAGUUCUAAUUCUAAUAAAAUUAACUUGCAGGCAUAAUAGAAGUAAUCUAUAUCAAGUAUAUAUGAAAUUAUUUUUUAUUAACAUAUUUCUAUUUUAUUACUGUGCAUGCUCUAUGGCUCCGUCCUGCUGUGUCUCGGUAGAAGAUGCCCUGACAUGCUGAUCUGAAAUAUCUUUCUGCUAUAGGCUUACCUAAAAACCUCUGCAUUCAUCUGAGGUAACAGCAAUGCUGCCAUCUCUGUAGCUUUGCAUCAAAUCUCAGCUGAGCUUUCGCAUGAUAGAAGCCAUAAAGUGAAGACAUUGAAGUUAGCAUGAAGAGAGGUUUCCUGUGUGCUUACGUGUAACCUGCAAACCAAAUUUAUGAAAAUUCACAAUUUUAGAUGCCUCAUUCUCAAAAAAUGGUUUGUUCCUUUAAGUGGAUCUUUGUGUCAAGUUUUUUUUUCUCCUUUCUGCACAAAAACAGCAGAGACAAAUAGGAAGUUGUGUGAUUUUUCUUCAUUUUUUAUUGUCAUUGUUUUAAAAAUUAUCUGUCUUGUUGUUGUGUACACUUUCACACUGUAGGUGUGUGUGUGUGUGUGUGCGUGUGUGUGUGAGAGAGAGAGAGAGAGAGAGUGAGUGAGUGUAUGUGUUUGGCAUGUUCAGCUCUGCUUUGUGUUUGUCUCAUGUUUGUGGUUUGGCUGUCGAGAAGAGCAAUUGACUUAACAAUAAAGUUUUGUUUUUUUAUAAUUUGGACUCAAGAAGUGGUGUAAGAGCUUUGUCUUCCCUGUAAGACUAGUGUAAACUUGGUUAAAUAACUGCUGAUUUCCAAGAAUUGAAAUGUAAAAUUAGAGCAUCUUCAUUCAAAUUCAAACUAUUUCUACUCUUGUAAUGGAUUGUAAAAGAGUGAAUGCAACAUCCAAAAGAGAAAUUCAAAUUAUUGUGCAAUUCACAAGCACUCCUCCUAACAACAUGUUUCUAAGAAAAUUCCCUUUUCACAUUUUUAAGUGUUUGUCUUUUUCUUCAUCAAAUGAAAACAGACAAUCAGGUUUAUGGUCUCCGGUUGUUGGACACUCCUUCAAACUGGGCAGUUUUCA